CCCAGGGGAGCCCGAGAGCGGGAGAGCCAGCGAGCCGGGGAGGGAGGGAGCAAAGGAGGGAGGGAACGAGGGCGCGCCCUGGCUCUCCCUCUGCCCUGCUGCCCGCCCUUCCUGCUGCCACAGCUUGUGUUUUCCAGACACCCUGGAGUCUCCUCAGGCUAGCCCGGCGGGCGCGCACCUGCCAGCCGACCCUGACCUCGAGGGCCAAGCGGCCCCCAAGCCUGAGAAGAUGGCCCAGCCCAAGACCGACUGCCGCUCACCUGUCGGUCUCGACUGCUGCAACUGCUGCCUGGACCUGGCCCACCGGAGCGGGCUCCAGCGCGACAGCAGCGGAGAAAACAACAAUCCGGGCAGCCCUACCGUGAGCAACUUUCGGCAGCUGCAGGAGAAGCUAAUCUUCGAGAACCUCAACACCGACAAGCUCAACAGCAUAAUGCGGCAGGAUUCGCUAGAGCCCGUGCUGCGGGACCCCUGCUACCUGAUCAACGAGGGCAUCUGCAACCGCAACAUCGACCAGACCAUGCUCUCCAUCCUGCUCUUCUUCCACAGUGCCUCUGGAGCCAGCGUGGUGGCCAUAGACAACAAGAUCGAGCAGGCCAUGGAUCUGGUGAAGAAUCAUCUGAUGUACGCUGUCAGAGAGGAGGUGGAGAUCCUGAAGGAGCAGAUCCGAGAGCUGGUGGAGAAGAACUCCCAGCUGGAGCGUGAGAACACCCUCUUGAAGACCCUGGCGAGCCCAGAGCAACUGGAGAAGUUCCAGUCUCGUCUGAGCCCCGAGGAGCCGGUUCCCGACACCCCGCAGGCGCCCGAGGCCCCCGGUGGUUCUGCGGUGUAAGUGGCUCUGUCCUUAGGGUGGGCAGAGCCACUAAACUUGUUCUACCUAGUUCUUUCCAGUUUGUUUUUGGUUCCCCAAGCGUCAUCUCACGUGGAGAACUUUACACCUAGCAUAGCUGGUGCCAAGAGAUGUCCUGAGGACAUGGCCACCUGGGUCCACUCCAGUGACAGACCCCUGACAAAGAGCAGGUCUCUGGAGGCUGAGUUGCAUGGGGCCUCGUCACCCCCCGCCAGUGAGCCUCUCCUGCCACCGCGCCCUGGGGGCUCCCAGGGCCUGGGCAACUUAGCUGCAACUGGCGAAGGAGAAAUGUAGCGUGAGAUGUGACGCCAGUUUACUCCAGAAAGCAUAAGGGGUCUGUUUUUGUUGUUGUUGCUUUUUGUCUUUCAUUUCCAUGGACAUCUUCAGCAGCUUCACCUGACAACGACUGUUCUAUGAAGAAGCCACUUGUGUUUUGAGCAGAGGCAACCUCUCUCUUCUCCCCUGCCUGGCCAGGGCAGGGCCACAGAUAGGAGAGAUUGAGCCAAGUCAGCCUUCUGUUGGUUAAUAUGGUCUAAUGCAUGGCUUUGUGCACAGCCCAGUGUGGGAUUACGGCUUUGGGAUGACCGCUUACAAAGUUCUGUUUGGUUAGUGUUGGCAUAGUUUUUCUAUAUAGCCAUACAUGCGUAUAUAAACCCAUAGGGCUAGAUCUCUAUCUUAGUGUAGCGAUGUAUACGUGACACACUUGUGUGCCGAAGGGCCUAACCGGCUUUGGGGUAUCAACUGGUCCCUUAUCUCUUCAGGCUAAUCCUUUGACUGUGU